AUAAGUAAAUUUUUAACAAUUUAUUUAUGUAUUAAACAAAUUGAAUUCGAGUGGAGCUGAGCUUUACUAUAUCUCCAUAUGUUAAAAAAAAUUAAAAUUCUAGAUAAGCUUAAAUGUACACAUUCAAUUUUGUGCAUUAAAAAUCUUGAGAGCUCGAGCUUAGCAAGAGAGGAUUGACGGUCCAGGUGUGAAGGCAAUCCAUGCCCACCAGUUUGCCAGCUGGAGUCAUCUCACGAUCCAUAUUUUCCAAAUCGGGUUUGCCCCACAUCUCACAUUGCUGAUUGCACCAUACACCACAUAAUACAUAUCCACCUGGAGGAUCCAUCGCCACCAAUCCGAAUCCCACGAGAUAAACCCACAACCCUAUACCACACAUUCCACACGCGCCACCUCCUUAUAGCUCCCCCAAGGCCCCAACUCUCCAAACUUCCAAACCCUCACUCACUCGCCCGCAGCCACCGCCAUGGGGUGCAGCUCCUCCAAGCGCAUCGAAGCCACCGUCGAUUUCUACCGUCCGCCGCCCGCCAGCUUCGCCGCCUUCGAUAUCUCCGCCGUCGAAGAACCCUGGCUCAAGGCCGCCGACGCCACCCACCACCUCGGCCAUCAGGACAAGUCUUCCCACGCGCCGCCUGCCAUUCUCGACAAGCUCACCGCCUUCGAGCACGUCGCUGACGCCGGCGGUAAUCCCGCUUCAUGGGCCGAGGUCAGCAAGGCCCUCGAGGACCUCAAGCCCACCCUCCGCAACAACGCACCAGUAGCCCCCCCUCCGGUGUCCUUGCCAGCGGCGAUGUCACCGCCCCCGCCCCCGCCCCCGCCGCAAGUCUCCACCGCCCCCAAGAGUCAUGACAAGAGAUUGUCGUUUCACACAGUUGAAGAACUCGACGCGAAGCUCGAGCGCUCCAACACGGCCGAGAAGAAACUCGACCGGGUCAAGAACGAGUCGGAGUCGCGCGCUCCGGUUCCCGAGUUAAAGAAGCUCGGUUCGGUGAAGAACGAGUCGAAUCGCUCUGAGUCACGAGCUCCUUUCCCGCCGCCGGCCGGUACCGAAGGGUUGAAACCGGUGAGUGAGAACGCGUUCCUGGUGCGAGAUAGGCUGGAAAAGGGAGGGGGAGUAUCGAGGCAGGUUGUGCGGGACCCGCUGAGCGAGUUCCCGGAAAAGUGCCCGCCGGGGGGCGGCGACGCGGUGGUGGUGUACACGACGUCGCUGGGGGGAGUGCGACGGACGCGGGAGGACUGCGAGCGGGUGAAGGCGGUGCUGGAGGGGCACGGGGUAGUUGUGGACGAGCGCGACGUGGCGGUGCACGGCGGCUACAGGGCGGAGCUGAGGGCGGUGCUGGGGGAGGAGGCUGCGGUUCCGAGGGUGUUCGUGAAAGGAAGGUAUCUGGGGGGAGCGGAGGAGGUGGUGGGCAUGAACGAGUCGGGUCGACUCGGGAAAGUGCUGAGUCGGGCGCAAGUGGAGAGAGGGGCGGGAAGGCGCGCGUGCGGGGGGUGCGGGGGACUAAGGUUUGUGCCGUGUUUGGAGUGUGGAGGAAGUUGUAAGGUGGUGAAGAAGACGGGUGGGGGUAAAGUUGGUAUUAUUGAGAAAGAGAGGUGCUCGGAGUGUAAUGAGAAUGGCCUGGUUCACUGCCCGGUUUGUAUUUGAUCACCGGAAAUAAUGCCGUGUUUGGUUGGGGCUAUGUUUGCAAUUGUAUAAACUUGAUAAAUUAUAGUAUGUAGUUAUAUAAAGUUUUGUUGAAUUUUUAAGCUUCCAAA